AUGUUGCGCAAAGGUCGAGCGGUGUUGAGGUGGUCAGGGCGCUCGAUCACAGCGGCGUGUGAUAGCACCAUUUGCAUCGAGGCGCCCGCGUCCUUGGCCGCUUUGACAAGCACGCCGACGGCGACCUUCCCGGUGUGCUCCCCAACAGUGUGCAUGACCAGGCUAGCUGGCACGCCCGAGGCCUCAAAGUUAUCCAACUUGGCCUUCUUCCCCGCCAAAAUAAGGGGUUUGGCGAGCCUCUUGCCACGCGCCUUGGACUGGGAGGACCGUGUCGGCGUCUUAGUAGUGACACCCUAG